GACUACGCAGCCUAAACUCGUCAAAAAGCAACCUUGCAACAGGAAAAGUGCAGUGAAAAUUACAAAAAUAGCUGUUUAAACCUAAAUUUGUUGUACAAAUAUUAUUCAUAAGUUAUAUUUAAGGCUUGAGAGCAUCAAAGCAGAGGAUAACGCGUUAGCUGGAAGCUAACAGUGCACCCAAAUCCACGCAGAAACGUCGCCCGAGCGGCAGAGGUCAUCUUAAAAAUACAUUUUCGGGCGUGUAUGCCCCCCGAGCACGAUUAACCCCCCACCCAGAUAAGCCCAGACCAACGCAAGUAGCCCCCAACCAAAAACAAGAAGCAGCAACCAGUGUAGCACCAACCCGCCUCAGAAUGAUUCUGGAGAAUUCCGACAAGCUCAAGGAUUGGCUGAGCGUGGUCCUGGAGCCACUCUGCGAUGCAGACUCCUCGGCCUUGGCGCGCUAUGUCAUCGCGCUGCUGAAAAAGGACAAAUCGGAUAAGGACCUCAAGCGGAUCAUGAUCGAGCAGCUUGAUGUUUUCCUGUCCGAGGAGACGACGCGCUUCGUGGAGCGCCUCUUCGAUGCCAUUGCCAGCGAGGAGUACCUGACGGUGCCUGCCGCCCCCCUGAUAACGGCCUCCAGUGCCUCCGCCAAUGAGCUGGAUCUCGACCAGGAACUGGCCCUGGCCAUUGAUGGGGCCCAGGAUAUCGAGGCCGUGCUGGCCGCCGAUUCCCCGCCGCCGCCACCUAAAGACAAUGUGAUAAACCCAGAUAGCAAUCAGGUCAAGUUGGAGCAGGUCAGCCACGAUGCCAGGGAAGCCGAGGCGUUGGCCUUUAUCAGCCAGGAAGCGGGCAUUGGAUCGCAGCCAGAUGUCAAGCCAGCCUUCGAUCAGCACAAAACCAAAGAGUCCCACAAUCCACAGUCCGCCUCCAACUACCAACACCACCAUGUGCGCAGUGCCAGUCCACCUGGCAGAAGCAGCGGAGUCAGCGGGACUGGAGGAGGAGGAGCUGGCGGAGCAGCUCUGACAGCGGGAUAUGCUGACAAGGAAAACCAGCCGCGCGACAGUCGCCGACGACGUGCCUCCCUUCGGUCCCGUUCUCGCUCUCGGUCGCGUUCUAACGAGCGCGCCUUUCGGCGAUCCAGGUCACGCGACCGUCGGGUGAACGACCGCGAGAAAACACAACGACAGUUCCGCAACAAAUCCCCGCCAGGCUCUCAGACCGACAAUCGGCAUCACGGCCGGCGCAACUUUGAUCGCCGGCGCAUCGGAGGAAAUGCAGAUGAACGUCCACGUUUUGGAAACACCAAGAGCCGACGCUCCCACAGUCGAUCCAUGUCGCCUGAGCGAAACGCACGUCGCAACCAGAGUUCCCCGGAGCGAGUGCAAGCAGCCCAGCCCAAUCAAGUUCCCGCUCCAGUGGCGGCACCUACGCCCGUAGAACAUCCGGCUGCCCAUCCUCGCCAGCGCUGUCGCGACUUUGACGAGAAGGGUUACUGUGUCCGGGGCGAGACAUGUCCCUGGGAUCACGGCAUUAAUCCGGUAGUGUUCGAGGGCAUCAACAACUCAGCCCUUAUGAUGUCCAUGCGUGAGUACAAUCCGGAUGCGCCCGAAAUAUGGGCGCGGGGCGGUGCACCGCCACCAGGAACUGGUCAGGGAACUGUGCCUCCGCCAACGCAGCCGGGCCAAACCACCAUUAAUCCGUUCACCGGUAAUGUUCGACCAAGUACUCUGAUGAGCGGCUCUGGGCCCAAUGGACCGAUGGGUGUUCCCAAUCCCGCUGACUAUGCCCGCAAUCCAGGCGCUCCGCCACAGUCUGCCAUGAUGCCAUUCCCGUUCAAUCCCACUGCUGUGACUACUCCAUUGCAGCGUCAACUGAUACCCAUUCCCGUGGUUGAUGGCGCUCCGUCGGGCGGCGUUGCUGAGGUUGGUAAGCGACGUUUCGAGCUGGAGGAUACGGUGGCCAUUGCCGAUGUGCCCACGAAGCGAAAGGUGCCAAUCAACAGUCGCCUUGGUCCACGGGUUAAUCCCAAUAUGCAGCAGCACAACAGCUCGCUGGAGCUUCGGAAGGUGCCGCGGGGAUUGAAUACCAUUGCCCAUUUGAACAACCACUUCGCCAAGUUCGGCAAGAUCGUUAACAUCCAGGUUUCGUACGAGGGAGACCCAGAGGCAGCUAUUGUGACUUUCUCCACCCAUGCGGAAGCGAAUGUGGCCUACAGGAGCACCGAGGCGGUGCUGAACAAUCGAUUCAUCAAGGUCUUCUGGCACAACGACAGCAGCGGUGUGGAUGUGGGCCAGAUGAAUCAGAUGGGCGGAGGAGGCGGUGGCAGGAAAAACGCGAGCCAGUAUCAUCUGCAUAACGUUCCAGCAGUGCCCACGCCCAAUGCUGACAGUGCGAAGAUCAGCAAUGCCAAUCCUCUGACCGAAGCGGGAGCGGGCAACAUUGGCAACCCUACGACGGAGCAGGCCAGCACAGCAGCUCCCGCCUCCAUGCGUCUCAAGCUGAACACGACGACACCGGGCGGCGCAGCUGGAGGACCAGGUGCGGGUGGAGCGGCUUCGGGUCGUCCCAUGAAUCCGACCGCUAAUGCAGCCAGCAUACGCAAGAAACAGGAGGAACAGCAGAAAGCGGUUCAUCAAUUGGCCAACGGGCUGCGCAAGCGCAAACAGGAAUUGCUUCAGAGCUACAUGAAACAGAUGAAGACUGCAUUGGAACUCGUAGAGCGCAUGGACCAGCAGGAUCCCCAAAGGGCCCCAACCCUGCAGACAAUCAAAGUGCUGCAGAUGACAAUCGAUAAACUAGGCAAGGAAAUCCAGGCCGAACAAGAUCAAUUGCAGGCACAAAUCCAUCAACAACAGCAGCAGCAACAGCCACCCGUCAAGAAGACCAAGGAGCAGCAGAAGAAGGAGUUGCUUGACAUGGAGCUGGAGCUGAUCGCCCAGCAGCAGGAGGGUAACGACACCACUGCCAUACAGAAGCGCCUGGAAGAGCUGCAGCGCAAUCUGGGCGUUGGCGGAGGCCCAGGCGCAAACAACAAGUCUCCCCACUUUGCAGCAGCUUCCGGGGCACCCGGUGGCGGAGCAGGACGCAAGCGUCCAAAUCUGCCGGAGGGACCCACGCGCGUCGAUAGACGACCAAAGGCUAUUGUGGUCACUGGCUUUGCGGCCGAGGAGGCAGACUUUGUCCUGGGGCACUUCAAGAACUUUGGCGAGAUUUCCAAGCAUGAUGUAGACCGUGAGAUUCCACAGUUAAUACUCUCGUAUGCGACCCGUCUCAAUGCCGAACAGGCCGUGCUCCGGGGCAAAAUGUACAAAGACAAGCGUCUGCAGAUUUCGUGGGCGCCCGUGGUGACUCCCGCACCGGUUCCGAUGGCGGCCCCUGUUGAGAAGUCCACUGCACCCGUUGCCAUGGCUGUUAGCCUAGAGAACCCAAAACAGUUGAUCCAGUCCGUCAGCGAGAGCGAGAGUCUGUUGGGCAGCGACACGCUGCCGGAGCUGCGUCUAGAGGAUGAGGAGGAGGACGAGGAGUCCGAGGAUCGUUCCUGGCGUCGUUGAUGCACCGCCCUGCGCUGCUGAGGCGGCCGGGGAAGCUUCGAGUGGCUCACAAGUGUUAGGGAACCCUUAACAUGUAUUUGUUGUUAUUCUAUAUCUAACUGCGGGGUGUGCGGCAGUGCCUGGAAAGAUGCACAGCGAAGCACUCUGCACACAUUCUGCAUAAUUAAACGCUCUAAAUAUUACUAAUAUUUUACUGAACAUAAGUUACGAAUCGCAUACAAAUACGAAUGAGUUUAGCAAGCCUAAGUCCGAAUUAACAACACAGAAACUACAACUUCAAAAGCGAAAUGCAACCAACUCUAAGGCUCGGUGCAAAAAUGCGCGAGGCAAAACAUUGGUUAAAGAUCGUGAACUACCUUUGUAUUUACACAUUUUUCACUCUAUCCUUUUCUUACAUACAAAUAUAUAUAUGCAGAUAUAUAAUUGUUAAGAUUUUAUGUUGAGUUAAAACGAUAAAACACUAAAAGAACAAAAAAAUUGCAAAGAAAAAAUCCCCAAAAACAAGCGCAAUGAAAAGUUAAAAAAAGAAAAAAAUCGUAGCAACGUGAAUGCAAAACAGCAAGUUAUAUAGAGAGAUAUAAUAAAUAAAAUAAAUAGUU